UGGGGCACGCCAUGCGGCAGUGACGCAAGUAAGAUGGCGACGGCGACUUAAGCGAGUACGUUGUUCACCUCUCGUAAUUGAGCUCUCGGGAGUCCGUCGUUCCCGCAGGCCACCCCUCGGCUGGCGGGAGCUGGUCGCUGGCCCGGCUGCGGGCGGAGGGCUUCCCAGAGGCGCGGCGGCUGCCACCCGGGCCGUGUGAACCCUGGCCGCCCUUCCUCUAGAGUGGGGCGGGGGAGUGCCCUGGCAGCACCCGCCCGAGAAUACCAGCUUUGCUCACCUACUGCCUGUCUGGUUGUGAGUGAAAAUCCAAAGGAAGAUAGCUGUCAGCUGAGCUAUUAACAAUGCAACCACAGGAGUUAAUGUCCUUCAAAGAUGUAGCUGUAGACUUCACCCAGGAAGAGUGGGCAUUGCUAGACACAUUCCAGAGACAACUGUUCAGAGAAGUGAUGCUGGAGAAUAUCAGUCAUCUGAUCUCAGUGGGCAUGAAAAUUGCCUGUAAAAAGCAAGAGAUGAUAUUAAUGCAACUUAUCUACAGGAAUGACAAUUCUGAGGAUGCUUCAUUGCAGAUAUCUUACACUCAGAAGAAUUCCUUUAAAUGUAAUUAUUUGCAAGAGGAUUCCACCCUCAGGUCCACAGUGACUCAACAUUCAUUAAUUCCCAUGAGAAAGAGAUCAUAUUUAAGGAAACCAUUUGGAAAAGUCCUCAGUGAACAGUCAUCUUUUAACAAACAUGAGCAGUUUCACACUAGAAGUAAAUCCUAUGAAUGCCAUCGAAAUGCUAAAGCCUUUAUUAAAAAUGCUGGCCACAAAGAAUAUGAUAGAGCUCAAACUGGAGAUAAACCAUACAGAUGCUUUCUUUGUGGAAAAGCUUUCAUUGGAUUUAUGGACUUUAGAAAACACAAGAGAAUGAACACUGGAUGGAAACAUGAAUGUAACCUAUUUGGAAAAGCCUUCAGUCAGUCUUCUGAUCUUCAACACAUUGAGAGAACUCACUCUGGAGGCAAACCCUGUGAAUGCAUUACAUGUGGGAAAGCCUUCACUUAUUACUCUGCACUUAGAAUACAUGAGAGAACACACACUGGAGAAAAACCCUAUGAAUGCCAUCUAUGUGGGAAAACCUUCAGCCGAUGUCAUCAUCUUAGACGACAUGAGAAAACACACACUGAAGAAAAACCAUAUAAAUGCCAUAUAUGUGGGAAAGCCUUCAAUGGUUGUUCUGUCCUCAAACAACAUGAGAAAACUCACACUGGAGAGAUACCAUAUAAAUGCCAUGUAUGUGAGAAAGCCUUCAGAGCUCUUUCUCGCCUCAAACGACACGAGAGAACUCACACUGGAGAAAAACCCUAUGAAUGCCUUACCUGUGGGAAAGCCUUCAUUGAUGUGUAUGUCCUCAGACGACAUGAGAGAACUCACAGUGUAGAGAAACUGUAUGAAUGUCAUACAUGUGGGAAAGCCUUCAAUAGUUGUUAUAACCUCAAACGACAUGUGACAACUCACACUGGAGAGAAACCCUUUGAAUGUCACACAUGUGAGAAAUCCUUCAUUGAUAUCUAUGCCCUGAGACAGCACGAGAGAACUCACACUGGAGAGAGACCCUAUGAAUGUAAUCUGUGUGGGAAAGCCUUCACUCGACCUUCUAGUCUUCAACAACAUGAGAGAACUCACACUGGAGAGAAACCCUAUGAAUGUCAUCUGUGUGGGAAAGCCUUCACUCAACUUUCUAGUCUUCAAAAACAUGAGAGAACUCACACUGGAGAGAAACCCUAUGAAUGUCAUCUGUGUGGGAAGGCCUUCACUCGACCUUCUAGUCUUCAACAACAUGAGAGAACUCACACUGGAGAGAAACCCUAUGAAUGUCAUCUGUGUGGGAAAGCCUUCACUCAACUUUCUAGUCUUCAACAACAUGAGAGAACUCACACUGGAGAGAAACCCUAUGAAUGUCAUAUAUGUGGGAAAGCCUUCAAUGAUUGUUCUACCCUCAAACGACACAAGAGAACUCACACUAGAGAGAAACCCUAUGAAUGCAAUACGUGUCAGAAAGGCUUCACUGAUUUUCUGCCUUCAGACAACAUGAGAACACACUAGUGAAUCCCAGUGAAUGCCAAUGCAUGUGAUAAAGCCUUAAUUCAAUAUUCUUAUCUUAAACAACACGGGAGAACCACACUGAAGGGCAACCCUAUGAAUGCCAUAUUUACAGAAAUUAAUAUAGGUUAUUGAUCUGAAAUUAAGAGGAAGUAGCUAAGAACAUACACAUCUGGUAAGGUUGUCAAGUUAAUAGAUUUUCUAGCUUUGCGUAGCAAUUUCAGUUAAAUUCCUCUCCCUCUAACAGCUGUUACACAUGCAUGCAUGGCUGAAAUGUGUAUGAAAAUAAAUCCAAGUAAAUUCUUUAAUUAUCUAUGCAAUAUUUAUCUUCCCUUGCUUCAUGAAAAGGGCAGUUUGACAUGCUAAAAUUGAGCUUCAAUAAGAAAACUGUUAAACACCCUGUAUUACAUAGAUCAUUUCUUUAAAAAUAAAACAUAAAACCUUUGGUAUAUUUUGGAGAAGGAAAACUUAUGCAUGGUGCAUCACCAUAUGGUAAUUUGCAUGUUCACUGAUUUCAAGAUAUAGCCUUUUAUAUCCAAUGUAGAUUAGUUCAAGUAGUAAUUUUUGAAAAGUUUCAAAGAGAAUAACCGUAACCUGAAUUACUGUGGCUAAUCUUACAUAUCUGACUUACCUAAAAACCAAGAGUUAUAAGAUAUCAGAGUUUUAGAUCGCCAUCAUCUAAGCUUAUGAUUUACUUUAGGCUAACAAUUAUUAACUGUUACAGUAAAACCACAAAAUAGAUUUUUAUAGAGCAAGAAAAUGCUUUUCUGUCAAACACUUUAUGGCCUUAAGGCUGUAACUUUGUAACCAAAUAAACCCCCUUUUAUAAAAGCCAAUCCAUUUCUGGUGUUUUGUAUUCCAGCAAUAUUAGCAAACUAGAACAAAUGGAAACAGCUUAAGCUUGGCUUCUGACAACCUCAGCCCCUGGCCAGGAAAGGGUCUGCUGAGACUUAACAGUGCACCUGUUUACACCAGUGAGGAGCUGUGGCUGACAAGCACCACCUGCUGGGCAGAAUAGGAAAAUCAUAAAGUCUAGAGGCCUCACCAGAAAGUCUGAAAAUCUGGGAUUCAUUCUCAGGGAAACGAUAUUGAUUACACACUAUUCCUGAGACAUGGGCCCAUCUGGUCUGGGAAAAUCUGAUUGGGGUAAUCAAGGAAACCAGAUACCUAGCCAGUAAAAAAUGAUGAGUCACACUAGGAAAGACAAAGAUAGGCUCAGUCAGUCCAAAGAACAAACUUCAAAUGAGAUAGAGGAGUUGAAACAACUAAUUAAAGAUCUUCAAGCAAAUUAAAUCAAAUCAGUGAGCUGAAGCAAAAUGUGGGAAAAAAGAUUAAGGAUAUAAAGAUGAUACUGGGUGACCACAAAGAAGAAUUU